CUCCGCUUCUGCCACAAGCACCAGCAUGUUACAUCCAUUUUGAGAAAAAAAGCCAAGCAAAAGAGCUAAGAUAAAUAUAUACCAUCUACCAGAAUAGAAUCAAAAAUCCCAAAUAAUUCAGCCACUACCUAUCUCUUUGUCACGUGAAGUUGGUGAUCGUCUUCUGGAAGAAAAGAUUCUAGGAGAUCCAUAGUCGGGCAGAGACCAUGAUGAAUUUGUCCCAGUUUGCGACGAAUUCAACCUUGCAAAGAUUUCGAAAGAAGCUCGUCGAUCUUACGCCCGUAGCUCUUUAUCCAAUCGUUCGAACACUGACGAUCGAGGCUCUCAAGUUGGGACCGAUCCCGAAACAUAUUUCGUUCAUCAUGGAUGGAAAUCGAAGAUACAGUCGCGAACAGGGUAUCUCGAUUCAACAAGGUCACUUCAGAGGAUUUCUAUCCCUCAAAAGACUUUUAGAGUUCUUAUUACGACUCGGUGUGUCACACAUUACAGUUUAUGCUUUUGCGAUCGACAAUUAUCGACGAACGGCGGAAGAAAUCGAGAAAUUGAUGGACAUGGGGAAGAGUAAAAUGCUAGAGAUUUGCGAAAGAGGGGAACUUUUUGAGCGAUUCGGAAUUCGAGUCAGGAUGGUUGGUAGAGUGGAUCUGCUACCCCCAGACGUGCAAGUCUUAGUUGCCAGAGUGCAAGCUUUAACCGCCAAAAAUAAUCGUGGGGUUAUCAACAUUGCUUUUUCUUAUUCCGCGCAAGAAGAAAUCGCCAGUGCCAUAACUCAAACCGUGCAAGAGGCGAUGGAUCGAAAGAUCUCUCCGAGUUCGAUUGAUAUUGAUACUCUGGCUAGCCAUCUUUACACCACUCACACACCGCCCUUGGACAUGUUAGUCAGGAGCUCGGGAGUCAAUCGAAUCUCAGAUUAUUUGCUCUGGCAAUUGAUCAUCAACUCGACCAGAUACGUAAAGAAUAACGAGGAAGAAACGACGGAUGAUUGGGGUAAUCACACUCCGAUCAAACUUGAUAGAAACAUUGUGGAGGGUGCUGCCUAUCACAUUGUGCCCACUCAUUGGCCUAACUUCGGGAUGGAUGAUAUGGUACCAAUCAUUCUGAAAUGGCAACUCGGCGAAUUUCGAAAAUAUUUGGGACUGACAACCGAAACACAAGUUGGCAACCUUCUUAAGUGAGAGGCCAGAGCAAUAAGACGGUUAUUGUUUGAACAAGAAGCAUCCCCUCGAUUCUUUGGAGACACCUUUGCAGUACUGUCAUUUCAAGAGAUUUGUACGAGUCUGAGAGUAGUACUCAGCUCAUCUUCAUGUGAAUUUUGAAAUUAAGAAAAAAUCAGGUUAUGCGAAGAUAGAAAAUAGAAGUGGAAGGGUUGCUGUCUUGAGCAGACAAGACAGAGAAUCCCUUUAGGCAAAGAAAUGCCGGUAGGAAUACCUGAA